AUGGCCCCUCACGCUAUCCAAGACCCCUCUGAUGAGCGCCCUGUUUCGUUCUCUGAAGACAGGCCCGUCGAGACUUUGGCCAUUCAACCCGAGGCGGUCAACAACACAGUCUCGUCAUGGUUGACGCUCAGCGCCGCCAGGGCUCUUGAGAACCUGAAGCAACAGCCUGAAAGCAACAGCGGAACUUCAAAGCUCAUCAACACUGCGGACCAGCAGUCGGUUGUCGACGCUCCUGUGGAGGCGGCGCCGGCUGUUGCAGCGGACCUUUUGCCUCCCUCGGGUGCCAGGAAGCUCAAGUACAUGUUGGAGCACACUGACGAGCUGAUUGUCUGCCCGGGUGUCUACGACGGCUUGUCCGCACGAACCGCUCUGGAGGUCGGCUUCUCCGCCAUGUACAUGACUGGUGCUGGCACCACAGCUUCCCGCCUGGGCCAGCCGGAUCUGGCCAUUGCUCAGCUCAGCGACAUGAAGGCUCAUGCUGAGAUGAUCGCAAACCUCGAUCCCUACGGCCCGCCCCUGAUUGCCGACAUGGACACUGGCUACGGAGGACCGAUCAUGGUCGCCCGAAGCGUGGAAGAGUACAUUCGCGCGGGUGUUGCCGGCUUCCACAUUGAGGACCAAGUACAGAACAAGCGCUGCGGACACUUGCAGGGGAAGAAGGUUGUGUCCAAGGAAGAGUACCUCUCCCGCAUCCGCGCUGCACAAGACGCAAAGACCAGACUGAGGUCCGACAUUGUGCUCAUCGCCCGCACCGAUGCCCUCCAGACCCUUGGCUACGACGAAUGCGUCAGCCGUCUCAAGGCAGCGCGCGAUCUCGGUGCAGAUGUCGGUUUGCUUGAAGGUUUCACGUCGAAGGAAAUGGCCGCCAAGUGCGUCAAGGAGCUGGCUCCUUGGCCCCUCCUCCUGAACAGUGUCGAGAAUGGCGCUAGCCCACUCAUCACCGUGGAAGAGGCGCGCGAGAUGGGCUUCAGAAUCAUGAUUUUCUCUUUCGCGACUUUGGCACCGGCUUACGUCGCCAUCAAGGAUACUCUGAUGCGCCUCAAGGAGCAUGGCGUUGUUGGCACUGGCAAAAAUAUCACGCCAGUCAAGCUGUUUGAAGUUUGUGGCCUGAAAAACUCCAUGGCCAUUGACAUGAACGCCGGUGGUUUGGCGUUUGCUGGAGGUGUCUGA